ACUGGAGGGCGAGGCGCGCGAGAGAGAAGCGGGGAGGAGAGCAGAGGGGGCAGCAGCAGCAGCAGCAGCUGGAAAACAAGCGAGAGAAAAAGAGGAAAAUCCCGGUAUCUCCCUCCACCCCCCCUAAACACACACAGACUGACCGACCGGAGGAUCAACAGUACAACUACAGUACACAACAACGACGACGGCGCGGAACAGCUAGCGGCGGGGACUCUGCUGAUCGGACGCCCUGCAGUUCUAGUGGAGGAGGAGAGGAGGAGGAGGAGGAGGAGGAGGAGAAGGAGGGGUGUGUGUGUGUGUCGCGCUUCACCACUCGGGAGGUCCGAAGACUGAAAGAGAGAGAGAGAGGGAAAGAGGGAGGACAGAGAGAGCAAAUCGGCAGCGCGGACAGCGACUCGGACAAAGCGGCGGGAAAUCUCCACCACCAUCCCCAUCAUCAUCCUCAUCUACAACAGCAGAGGAGAGGAGAUGCUGUGCUCCCACUGAGACACUCAAUGCAGCACUGAACCUCACCCAUUGCUGACCUCAGCUGUCUAGCCGUCCCGGACUCAACUCUAACAUCUGUCUGGUCUGCGAGCAGCCAUGACAAAGUCGUAUGAAUUCAACUGGCAGAAGCAUGUUCCUGACUUCCUGCAGGAAGGUGCAGUCUUUGACAGGCUCGAUGAGGAUCCAUUUGUCUUUGAAUCCAGUUGCCUUUUCAAAGUCGACGAGUUUGGCUUCUUUCUCACAUGGAAAAGUGAAGGAAAGGAGGGUCAAGUCCUUGAAUGUUCCCUGAUAAACAGUGUCCGUGUUGGAGCAGUGCCAAAGGACCCAAAGAUCCUGUCGUCUCUGGAGGCGGCGGGGAAGAACGAGGCGGAUCUGGAGGGCUGCAUCAUCUGCGUGUGCAGCGGCCCUGACCUGGUCAACCUCAGCUUCAUGUACAUGGUGGCCGACAAUGCCGACACUGCCAAGAAAUGGCUGGAGGGCUUGAAAUCAGUCAUUCACAACUUCAAGGCGAACAACGUGUGUCCGAUGACCUGCCUGAAGAAGCACUGGAUGAGGCUCUCCUUUCUGACCAAUGUCAAUGGAAAAAUCCCAGUCAGAGGCAUCACAAGGACUUUUGGCUCAGGCAAAACGGAGAAGGGGAUAUUUCAGGCCCUGAAAGAGCUCGGCCUGCCCAGCGGGAAGAAUGAUGAAAUCGAUCAUUCCAUGUUUACCUUCGAUGUCUUCUACGCUCUCACUCAGAAAAUCUGCCCACGCACGGAUAUUGAGGAACUCUUCAAAAAGAUCAAUGGGGACAAAACUGAUUAUUUAACAGUAGACCAGUUAGUCAGCUUUCUGAAUGAAAAUCAGCGGGAUCCCCGGCUGAAUGAGAUCCUUUUUCCUUUCUACGACCCCAAACGAGUCAUGCAGAUCAUCGAGAAGUACGAGAGAGAUGAGGACCUGAAGAAAAAAGGCCGCAUGUCGAGUGACGGUUUCUGCCGGUACCUGAUGUCAGAUGAGAAUGCACCUGUGUUUCUGGAUCGUCUGGACAUGUGCCAGGAUAUGGAUCAACCCCUAGCUCACUACUUCAUCAGCUCAUCACACAACACGUACCUGACCGGCAGACAGUUUGGGGGGAAAUCUUCUGUGGAAAUGUAUCGACAGGUGCUGCUGUCUGGAUGCAGGUGUGUGGAGCUGGACUGUUGGGAUGGAAAGGGAGAGGACCAGGAGCCCAUUAUUACCCAUGGGAAGGCCAUGUGCACAGACAUCCUCUUCAAAGAUGUAAUUCAAGCUAUUAAAGAGACAGCUUUCGUUACGUCAGAAUAUCCUGUUAUUCUCUCAUUUGAAAACCACUGCAGUAAACCUCAGCAGUAUAAGAUGGCUAAGUAUUGUGAGGACAUUUUCGGAGAGCUGUUACUGAAACAGCCACUGGAGGGCUUCCCAAUUGAGCCUGCUCGCCCCCUGCCUUCUCCAAAUGACCUGAAAAGGAAAAUCCUCAUAAAAAACAAACGUUUAAAACCUGAGGUUGAGCAGAAGCAACUGGAGUCGUUUAAGAGACACAUGGAGGCGGGAGAGAUGAGUGUACAGGGAGGAGAUGAUGAGAAUGAAGAAGACAUGGAGAACGCUGACAGCAAGGAGGUCAACUCAGAUAUGAAAACCCGCAACACGUCAGAAGAGCCCAGUGAACAAGACACACAAGAAAACAGCGUCAAGAAAGACAAGAUUCCUGAUGAUGAAAUCACAGAGAUUUCUGAGGCUACAGAAGCAGACGUGACUGAUUUGUCAGAGGCUUCGGAUCUUGAUAACAAAAAGAAGGGUGGGGAUGCACCUGAGGAUGCAGAUGCUGAGCAACAACUUAUUGCCUCAUAUAAGUAUGAAGGAGCCACAACCAACAUCCACCCUUACCUCUCUGCCAUGGUCAACUACGCCCAGCCAGUCAAGUUCCAGAGCUUUGAAAUAGCAGAAGAGAAAAAUAUCCAUCACAACAUGUCCUCCUUCAAUGAGUCUGUUGGCUUAGGCUACCUGAAAACCAACGCUAUUGAGUUUGUAAACUACAACAAGCGGCAGAUGAGCCGGAUCUACCCCAAAGGAGGCCGCGUGGACUCCAGUAAUUACAUGCCUCAGAUCUUCUGGAACGCUGGCUGCCAGAUGGUGUCUCUGAACUUCCAGACCCCAGACUUGGCCAUGCAGCUGAACCAGGGGAAGUUUGAGUAUAACGGCGCGUGUGGGUACCUGCAGAAGCCAGACUUCAUGCGACGCUCAGACAGGAUGUUUGACCCGUUCUCUGAGACGCCGGUGGACGGGGUCAUUGCUGCUACCUGCAGUGUUCAGGUAUUCUCAGGUCAGUUUUUAUCAGAUAAGAAGAUUGGCACGUACGUGGAGGUGGAUAUGUAUGGCCUUCCCACCGACACCAUCCGCAAAGAGUUCCGCACCCGCAUGGUGAUGAACAACGGACUGAACCCUGCCUACAACGAGGAGCCGUUCGUCUUUAGAAAGGUCAUCCUCCCGGAUCUGGCCGUAUUGAGGAUUGCUGUGUAUGAUGACAAUAAUAAGCUGAUUGGUCAGAGGAUCCUGCCACUGGACGGCCUGCAGGCCGGCUACAGACACAUCUCUCUGAGGAAUGAGGGAAACAAACCCCUGUCUCUCCCUACUGUCUUCUGCAACAUCGUCCUCAAGACCUACGUUCCUGACGGAUUCGGAGCCAUCGUGGACGCUCUUUCUGACCCAAAGAAGUUCCUGUCCAUAGCUGAGAAGAGAGCAGACCAAAUGAGAGCACUUGGUAUAGAAACGAGCGACAUAGCAGAUGUGCCAAACGAAAGCUCCAAGAAUGAUAAGAAGGGCAAGGUGAAUCAGGUAAAGGCUAAUGUGACUCCUCAGACCAGCUCAGACAUGGGCCAGACCUCUACUGCCACUCAGAACAACAGCAGCGAAACCAAGAAAGAUUCUGCCCUGGUUAACCAGGUGACCAUUGAGGACUUAAAACAGAUGAAGUCGUAUGUGAAACUGAUCAAGAAGCAGCAGAAAGAGCUGAAUGCAUUGAAGAAAAGACAUGCAAAGGACCACAAUGCCAUGCAGAAAUCUCAUUGCACCCAAGUGGACAAGAUGGUGGCUCAACAUGACAAAGAGAAAUUUACACUGGAGAAGCUUCUGGAGAAAGCAAUCAAGAAGAGGGGAGAAAACAACUGUUCAGAGUUAAAGAAGGAGACUGCAAUAAAAGUAGAGAACCUCACAACAGACCACAAAGCAAAGGUGAAGGAUAUUGUAGCGCAGCACACGAAGGAGUGGUCCGAGAUGAUUAACUCUCACAGCACAGAAGAGCAGGAGAUGAAGGAUGCCCAUGUGACACAGCAGUGUGAGCAUCUCAAGAAACUGCUGUCCAGCGUCCAGGAGCAGCAAACCAUGCAGCUGAAACUCGUCCAUGAGCGACAAAGCAAAGAAAUGAAGGCUAACCAGGCCAAGACGUCCAUGGAGAACAGCAAGGCCAUCAGCCAGGACAAGAGCAUCAAAAACAAGGCCGAAAGAGAGAGGAGGGUGCGGGAGUUGAACAGCAGUAACACAAAAAAGUUCCUAGAGGAGCGAAAAAGGUUGGCUAUGAAGCACUCAAAAGAGCUGGAGCAGUUACAGAAAUCCCAGCGCGAGCAGUUGGAAAAACUGGAGAAAUUCAACGAGCAGCUUUUGAAAUCACAUCAUGCAAACUCUCAGAGUCAAGGCCAAGGACAUGCAGCAGAUGGUGAAGCUGGAGGCGGAGAUGGACCGCAGACCAGCAACAGUAGUGUAACAACUCCAUCUUCAAACUAAGAAACGAAGAGCAAAAGAGAGAGAGAAAGAGAGAGAGACUCCUUUCUGUAAGCCACCACUCCCACCUCCCCACCCAGAAACCCUCAGACGGCCCUCCUGCUCCUAACCACCACUCCCUUACCACUCUGAACCACCACGCCAACCCUUCUGUAUUCCAAGUACAACUAAUCUCAGACAUCGGCCUCUGCAGUCUGCAGCCCCUCACUACUGAGAUACAGAGCGGUCGUCUACAAAAGUGUGUCUUCUUAAAGCAGCCAGGCACUCGGUGGGACGGACAUAACCCACCGCCGCUGCCACCUUUAUUCUAAUUCAUGCCUUCAAACGUACCGCCGCCCACACUGAUCAUCAGAUCAGCCCCUCUUCAGUCUCCCCGUCGUGGUGGCGCGAGAUGAACGGAACCUGAAGUGUUCUUUGUAAACCUUUUAACUUCUGUCUCAAUGGUACUAGUUCAUAGUAGCAGCACCAGGCAAAUAGAGGUACUCCUGAAAAAGAAAUAUUAGUUUGUUUUAUGUGAGCACAACGUUGUUGAUGAGGCGCUACACAAGAAGUCGAGUAAAAUAUCCUGAGCACUUUAUACGUGGUAGGCCGUCAAAGGAUUAUUUUGGAAUCUGUAGCAGUGCACUUGGUUUCCCCUGUGGUAAGAAUGUACAGUCGAAUGUCUGAACACUGUAUUUUAGGUGGCAAAGGUCAGGUGUGAAUGAAACCAAACGUAGUAGUCAGUAUAGUUCUUACACUGUUGUUUUUUUUUUGUUUUUUUGUUGUUGUUUUGUUUUAAAAAUGCAUUUCUUUUUUAUUUGGCUUUUUUUUUCAGAUAUAAAAAAUGAACUGUUUUACCCAAAUCUGUGAUUUUAAUUCCUCAAUAAGCUUUUGUUUUUUGUUUCCUUCAGUAAUGUAUUUUUUUAUUUAAAUGCCACUAUGAUUUCUUUGCAUAUAUUUACAGACACUGUACUGUACUUGCUGUUACACUGUUUAAACGUUACAACAGCUAUGGUGUUGAAGACAUUCCAUGAUGAUAGACCCGAAAACAGAUAGCCCUGAGACGAAAGCGUGAGAAGAAGUCUGCUAGGUUACGAUGCCGGUGGAAAUUAUAGUAGAAACAAUCACUGAAAUGAGCUGAGUGCAAUGAAGAUUGAGGGGGUUAAAGAAACACAGGAAUAGGUGCUUUAGUCUCACUCUCACAUUAGUGCUCGAGGUUCAUUGUAUUUUUCUUUGUAUUUUUUGCUCGAAGAACGAGGCAGUCAAACAGGCAGCUCCUCCUGUGGGUCUUAAAACAGACAACACACCUUCAUUCACAGGACCAUAAGAACCAUAAGUUUGAGAACAUUAAAGAACCACUUUGUUUUCCUCUCACUAAAUGAUGUCUCCUGUUGAAAUCUACUAGAAACUGAGAAGAAGAGAGUAUAUUGUAUAUACUGGAAUGUAUGUAGUUCAUUUAACCAAAAGGUUGAACCGUAUGCUUAUUCUAAGGGCUCUGGGAUAGUGUGUACAUGUUUGUAAUGGGAAAGCCACCUAUCAACCACUAAGUUAUUUUAUUUCCUCCUUGUUUCUUUUAUUUUUCUUUCUUUCCUUUUCAAUCCUUACCAUCAGGAACUGGUACCUGUAUUAUGCUUUCACCACAUAUCUACUACAGAAUAAUAAGCAAAGUGCUUUUAAACUUUAAUGCCACUCGAUGUCUGGUAGGACGUUUAAAUUAUUUUACAAACGAAAAAUGCCAAAAUAAGGGUUUAUUUAUAUACAGAUAUAUAUAAAUAUAUAAAUAUAUAAAUAUAAAAAAAUAUAUUAUUAAAUAUGGUGUGUAGUUUAAGACUAUAUUUCGUUAGUUAGAGGCUUUUUGCACUAGUUGAAUGUUGCGCGACUUUCAUGUAGAUUUUUUGCUAUAUAGUUUGCAGAAAAAGCAGAUUAUUUUUGCAGAACAAUUGUAUGCUUUGAAUUUCAUCCAUUUAUAUUGUUUUUCGUUUGUUUGUUUUUUCGGAGCUAUCUGCAGCUAGUCAGUGGACCAUUCUGUGAGUGUUUUUGUAUUUAUAUUGUAUUUGUCAAACUUCUAGCAAGGAAAAAUACUAAAAAUACUGUUGUUAUCCUGCUACUUUAAUACCGUUUUAUAGUAUGUGUACCAAUAAACUAUCCAGGUGUUAAAUGAAA